AUGGAGACAAAGGAAAGCGUUUCGGAAGGGAUAUAUCAUAACUUGAUCACUACCCUAAUCCAGGAUAUUGUAGCAAAGGAAACUACCAAACAACAGUUACUCAGAUCAAGAUACCCAAACUUAAAGCCCUACUGUUACGAUCCAUCUCAUCAACUGGAUAUAAACGGUUUACCCAAGCAGCAGGAAUCAUCGCAAUAUCUACAGUGUGAAAAUUGUAAUAGGGACAUUUCAGCUAAUAGAUUUGCAGCUCAUUUACAAAGGUGUUUAAGUAGAGGUGCGAGAAGAUAA